AACUCCUUUAAGCACAGCAACCAGCUUUCUCUGCGGCUGACGCAGGGCUCUGACAAGCACGUCAAAGACUACCUGGCUGCCUGUCUGGCCUCUGUCAAGGUGACACCAAGCUGCCCUCGUUACAUCAAACUUGAAGACAGAGGAACGUGGUGCUGGCCGAGCGCUGCGCUCUCCUCAGCGCCGAGAUCCUCAAGAGUCAAGCAAAAUACUCUGAAGCGGCUGCGCUGCUCAUCAAAAUGACCAGUGAGGACUCAGACCUGCGUAGCGCUCUGAUGUUGGAGCAGGCAGCCCACUGCUUCAUAAACAUGCGCACUCGCAUGCUGCGCAAGUUUGCCUUCCACAUGAUUCUGGCGGGUCACCGCUUCAGCAAAGCGGGCCAGAAGAGGCACGCACUGCGGUGCUACUGCCAGGCAAUGCAGGUGUACAAGGGCAGGUCGUGGUCCCUGGCCGAGGACCACAUCAACUUCACCGUCGGGCGCCAGUCGUUCACGCUGGGCCGGCCCGAGAAGGCCGCGCAGGCCUUCAAGCAGAUCCUGACCAACGACAGCCGGCAGACAGCCGCGCAGCAGGGCGCGUUCCUCAGGGAGUACCUCUACGUUUACAAGACGGUGAUCAGCCGGAGUGGCGUGCGUCUGCCUCAGCUGCCGCUGCCAUGCAUCCAUGGCGCUGCCACCAGGGUCUACUUUGGGCACGAGCGCCGUCUAGCCGAGGGUGAGAAGCAGGCUGCCACGCAUGUGUCACUGGACCAGGAGUAUGACGCCGAGCAGGCAGCCAUGUGGUGCAAGCUGGAGGAGCAGCUGGUGGCUGCUGCCAAUCGAGGGGUGGUCCCCGCCAACUUUCAGCCCAGCCAGUGCUACCUCAACAGCCAGACGGACAAUCUGCGCCACCCGCUGGCCGUUGUGGAAGAGCCGGUGGUGGUGGUGGAGGUGGUGUUCAGGAACCCUCUGAAAGUUCCGCUGGCGCUAUCCCGCCUCUCGCUGGUCUGGAGGUUUACGCGCGACACCCACGCUGCUGCCGCCACGGAGGACGCCGGAGAAGAACUCGUCAGCAACCAAGACACGUUGGAGCAAGAGUCAAGGCAGACAGAUGAUGUGCUCACUACCGAGACCAUCCUGGACUUCCACUUGGCCCCCGAGGAAACCAAAAUGGCUCGACUCAGGCUGCUGCCGCACCGGACGGGCUGCCUGAGUAUCACGGGCGUGGUCUAUGACCUGGCUGCUGCAUCCCCGGCGGAGACGCCGGACGACGAUGACGGUAACAAGAAGGCGCCUGACCAAACCUUUGCUGUCCGUCAGUCACGUGAGAUCCCACACGCCGCUCCUCUCACAGGGCUGCUGAAGGCCGAGACAAUAAUCGUCAGCGGCAAGCAGGACCUGAAGAUCAGAGGCCCGCGACUCAAUCACACCAAAGAGGACAAGAUGUUUGUGCGCUACGGACCCGACCGGCGCUUGGAGCCCAUCGUUACGCCACCGAUGCCCCUCAUGGAGGUGUUCUUCCUGCAGUUCCCGACAGCGCUGCUGUGCGGCGAGAUCCGCAAGGCGUACGUGGAGUUCUGCAACGUGAGCGGCGUGUCCCUAUGCGGCCUACGCGUGGCGUCCACUCACCCCGAAUUCUUCACAUUCGGGAAUCCGUCGGCCGGUACGCCGCUGACGCCGCUUAGCCCCGCCUCUGCCGAGAACUUCUCGGCCUACAAAACCCUGGCGGCGGCACCCGGGUCCGGCGCGGCCUGUGAGACGCUGGUGUCUGCCGACGACUUUGGGCCCACGUCUGACGUGGUGGACGUCCCUGUCGGCGGCACGCUGGAGCCAGGACAUUCCGUGCAGCUCCCGCUCUGGCUGCGAGGACCUGACCAGGAAGGAGUCCAUGAGAUCAACUUCCUCUUUUACUAUGAAAGCCCAGACAAACGAAGCAAGAUCAGCCACCGGGUGGUUCGUCACUCGGUGUUUAUUUGCGCCAGUCGCUCUCUCAGCGUUCAAGCGUCGGCCCACGCCAGCGCCAUACCUCCUCAGCAAGGACAGGACCAGGAUGGCGGCAGCACGCUGGUCUUCAUCGAUGUUGAAAACAUAAACACGAGCGACGCUGGCGUGCGCGAGUUCCACAUCGUCCAAGUUUCCAGUGGCAGUCAACACUGGAGCCUCAGCAAGUGCAUCAACCCGGCCAAGGAUAAAGACUGCAAAGUAAGCAGCAAAGAGCGAGCCAAGCUUUGUUUCAGAGCAGCACCGUGCAAAGCUCGCCGAGCUUCCUUGGACCGCGCCGAGAUGUUCACCUUUGCCGAUGUCAAUCUGAGUGACGAGCGGAUCGUAAGUUCGGCCACGCCCUGCGGCGACUUCUUUUUCCGCUGCCGCCGGACGUCCAAGGCUUGCCGUGCCGACGCCUGCUCCUCGGGGUCAAGGACGCCCUCCGGGGGCAGAAGCCUGGGCGAGGACUUGGUCCGCGUGGUCAACGAGUGCGACCGGCUGGACCUCAACAUUAUUGUCAUCUGGAAGGCUUACGUGGUGGAGGACAGCAAGCAGCUGAUCCUGGAAGGUCAACUCCACGUGGCGCUGCAGGCAGUGGGCGAAGAGGCCACUUCCCUCGCUCCCAAGCAGGACACUCAGGAGAUGGUUCUGCUCAAGUUCAAGUCGGAUCCGCCACCUCCCGCCGUGCCGCCAUCCACGCAACUCUCACGACUCAUCAAGAGCAACCUGCGCUACUCGGAGACAUACGCGCAUGACUUUGCACACGACAGUGUUUGUGUGGUUCCCGUUUGUUUGGUUUUGUCCAACUGCUGCCGGACUGAUGUGGAUAUCACAGUAGACCUCAGGCACAAAACCACCAGUUCUGAGUGGAGCGAGUGCGCGUGUAGCUUCACCUGGGUUGGCCAGACCCGCUACCGGCUGGCGCUUUGUCCCCGGCAGACGCGUCACCUGGAGCUGCAAGCCUGCUUCCUCAUGCCCGGUGUCUACAACAUCAACACGCACGCAGUCUGCGCCGCGCCGUGCCUCGAUGGCCAUCACCGUGACGACGCCAACGCCCAAACGGAGGUUGCGCAGCACGGCGCCGGACCAGCACUUAUUGUCAUCACCGACAGCAGCCAAUGACAUUGCCGCAACACGCACCGCAAGGGCCAACGUGAAGAAGAACCCAAAAGGGAGGCUAGUGUCCUGGAUUUUCAUAAGGAGCUUUCAUGCGACCACUAAAACUGCAGUGUGCGUGCGUGCCACCAGAUGACAGCAUUAGUUGUUCCUUUGGGUCUCAUCAAGGUCAGCUUCAAUUGACAUUUGGGAAGUUGCAAGGUAAAAGAAAAAAAAAAAAGCAAUGUGGUUCACUUUUGACCAAGAAACUGAAAAAGUGCAGCAUGUCUUAAAUGUUUGACGAGCCCUCCCCAUGAAUGCUGCGGGAUGCCGCGAUCAUGUAAUCGGUGCCGGUGUCCGAGCGCGGCAAACUCAGAUUAGAAAGCGAACAAUCUUGAGUUUUGUUUUUAAAUCUGACAAUGGCGCCACCUUUUGUGUUUAUGGUGUAUUAUAUUUAUAACACUUAUCAUGUACAUAGAAAAUAAACCAACUAAUUCUCCA